AUGAGAAACGGUGUUGAAUACUAAGAUGAAUCUUGCAUAAAGUUAAAAAUUAUCAAAACAGCUUGGAGUACUAGAGAAGAUAACUUACUCAAAAAAGGAAUCAAAAUGUGUGGAAUGAAUUGGAUAGCAAUAGCUGAGUAUGUACCCAAUAGAAAUCCUAACUAAUGUGCACAAAGAUGGAAGAGACUUUAAGGGCAGAGGGUAUUAUAUUUAAAUUUGAUAUUAGAGUAGAACUAAUUAAUUUUGGAAUUCUAAGGAGGAUUAAUUGUUAUUAUAGCUCAUUUAAUAAUACGGAAAGAAGUGGUCAAAAAUAGCAUAGAUAAUCAAAAAUAGAAAUAGUAAAUAAUGCAGAAAUCGCUUCGUCAAUUCACUAGAUCCAAAUUUAAAAUAAAAUGGUUUUACUAAAGAAGAAGACUAACUAAUAUACCAAAAGUAUUUAGAGUAUGGUUCCAAGUGGUCAUAAAUUUCUAAAUUUCUUGUGGGUAGAUCGGUAAUAUUUAAAUUUAUUUUAGGAUAACUAAAUAAAGAAUAGAUUCUAUAAUAACAUUAGAAGUUAGUACCUACAAAUUUAGAACCCAUAUUAUUCAAAAUAGACGUAAUCUCAGCCUAAGGAGUUUUUAGAACAAGUAAGAGAGGAGCAUCUUAGAAUUAACGGAACUUAUGAGAAGGGAAAAAUAAUUGAAUAUCAGAAUGAUAUGCAAACAAAGGAUCAAGACAUUUCAAGAUACGUAAAUGAAGAAAAUUACUCUAAUUUUGAUUAAUCAUUGUAUUCUAAUAGGGAUUUUGAAUAUUUGAGUACGAGCCAUGUGAAUUUAUUGUGA